AUGCGAGCUGUGCUGAAAACAUUUUGCGGCUGCUGCUAUCCAAAGUACUCCUCGGUUGCCAAAGACGGCGAAGAGGAAGGUGGAGCUCCUCGCCCAACUCGCGUCGGACAGUCGGAUGGGUCGGACGAGUCGGAGUUCGAUCUUGAGAAUCCGCCUUUGGCUCCCCCGGCGGCCAGGGGUCCUAUCUACAGGUGCGAGGUGGUGCUUCCAGAAACCGUCCUCCAAGAGGGAUCCUCGGUGCAUGGCUUCCACCUGGCACCCUGGGAGAAGCACGAGGAGUACUGGGAACAGCUGAAUCAGGAGAGCCCUGCUCAGGGCAGCCCUGUUAGUCUAAGCCGCAUGCAGAAAGCUGCCAUGAGCGAGUGGUGCUGCAUGGCCGAGUGGCUACGCCGCCAAGGCCACCGAGACCUCGAGCCUAAGAUUUUUGAUGGCAUACCGGAUUCCAGCAAGAUCCGACAGGGCCGAGUCACAGAUUGCUCUCUGAUGUCGGUGCUGUCGGUGCUCGCUGACUACGAGAGGACUUUCGGAGAUCCCGUUCUUCGGAACAUCCUUCACCCGGCUUUGGUUCCGAAUAGUGCGCCUCCUGCGGUGCAGCACUAUGCAUGCCGCCUUUUCGUCAAUGGCAUGCCGAGAUGCGUGGUCGUAGAUGACACGGUCCCUGUAGCCACGAAUGGUCGGCUACUCUGUGCUCAUUCAGCCAUCCCUCACGAGCUGUGGGUUUUACUUAUCGAGAAGGCCGUGGCCACGAUUAUGGGCGGCUCUUAUGCCAUGAGAGGCUCGAAUCCCUGCACCGAUGCGUUUCACAUCACUGGCUGGAUACCGGAGACGUUCCCUUUGAAGCCAGACUGUGAAGGUGCCCCAUCGACGGAAGGCGAGUUUAUGGAGAUGUUCGACACGGCACAGAAGGGUUUUGGAAAUGGGCAGUGUGUGGUCUGCGUGGGAACCACAGAGAUAGCGGAUGCGACCACCAAUGAGCUAGCGGUGCGCUCUGGUCAUGUCGAAGGUGUCAGUGUCUCCACCGGCCUCGUGGCUGGCCAUGCCUACCCGGUUCUCCGCUGCUGCACCGUGCAGGGACGCCGGCUCCUGUUCCUCAAGAACCCCUGGGGCCACACGCGAUGGAAGGGCAAAUUCUCUCCUGGAGAUGUCCAGUGGCAAGCAAACCCGGGUCUUGCAGACGCCCUGAACUACGACAACACGGCGGCAGCUGCGAGAGAUGAUGGAUCCUUCUGGAUUUCUUGGGAAGAGGUUUUGCGAUUCUUCAGCCAUUUCUACAUUGCCUGGUCGCCUUCAGCACUGAGCCUUCACUCGUCAACCGUCCAUGGCUGCUGGAAUCCUUGGCCUCACUUCGUGCACAGCACCCUGACGGAUGACACAGAUCUUCUGGCCUUCAACCCGCAGUUCCGGGUGCGGCUCAAACGAGCGCCUCCGGUGAACGAGGAGGUGGGCCUUUGGGCUGUGCUUAGCCGGCACAUUCGGUCUCAGGCGGAUUACAACUCACACUUCGUGUCGGUCAGCAUCUACCAGGGCGGCUCCAGGGUUUGCUGUCCAAACUCCGUGUUGGAGCAAGGCGUCUUCUCCAACGGCGAGUGUGCACUCGUCAAGCUUCGGAAUGAUGCGGCAAACUCCAACAGCGACUUCACCCUUGUUGUUUCCCAGCAUGGGGCCAAACGAGAGUUCAACUACACCCUUCAAGUGUACACGCAAAGAGAGGUCCUCAUAGAAGAGCUGCCGCCCUUGGUGCCCAGCAGCUACGCCUCCAGCGCAGUCCGCGGCGAGUGGACGCGCCGAACGGCCGGCGGUUGUAGCAACAGCGUCUGGUCGUACUUUCAAAACCCGCAGUGGGCCUUCGAUGUGCCUGCUGGCGGCCUCGACGACCUCAUACUCUUCCUGGAGAGCCCAGGUGUUUCGGUCAACGUGCGCGUCUUUACCGGAGCUGUCGCCAGACCCGAAGCUGUCCGAAGCGCAGCAUCCAGCGGUGCGUACCGACGUGGCUGUUGCGUUCUGCGGCUGCGCGAGCUCCCACCCGGGCCUCACGUCGCCGUGGUGUCUUCAUUCCGCUCCGGUAUCUGUGCACCCUACCGACUAGCGUGGCACAGCUCAGCUGCCAUAGGACUUGCUCCUCAGCCUCACCCCUUCGUGGAUGGGGCACUGGCACACCCGAUGAAAUCGCUGGUCCAGCAGAUCCAGGUGGGCCGGAGCACGGAGAUCCAGCUUCGGUUGGUGGACUUCAGCAAGGCAUCGGGCCUUGGGCACAUGAGCGCACGACUGCAGACCAACUCGGACGAAGGCGAAGUGCCCCUCCUGGAGCUCCUGAGCGCGCACCCGCAGCGGCCAGCUCCUUACUGCGUGAAGCUCCGGCCCACCGAAGCCGACCAGUAUUACCAAUUGUCUGGCGCAGCCGUGAUCGUGUUUGCGCAGCUGGUCCCGGGCGAGAGCUACGUGCUGGAGACCAAGGUUCCCCGCAACAGAGCCACGAGGGAUGCCAAGCUCUACAUCAACUCAGACAAGGCUAUCGUCAUUGACAACUUGACGAGUCCACGGAAUCGCCGAAGAUAG